AUGUUUCUGUUUCACCUCUUUGUGCUUCAGUCUGCAGUGGCUGCAGUUGUUCAGAGAGCAGGAGAGGACGUCACUCUGACUUGUCAACAUGAGCUGGAGGGUCAGCGGGACUGUAAUGGAACGUCAUGGUACUACGAUUAUAGUAGAUCUUCCGUGGAGCUGGUUCAACUUGGGAAGAUUAAAAACAACAGUGAAAUAGAACCAGACAGACUGAGAGUUACAGCUGAUUGUUCUCUGAUGAUAAAGAAAGUCACAGUUCAGGAUGUUGGUCUUUAUUACUGUGGACAAGAUGACAUAAUAUCUCACUCAUCUGGCGCCUAUCUCUCUGUCGUCACCAUAGUGACUGAACAGAAAGUCGAUGACGAGGAGACACUGAAAUGCUUCGUGACGCCUUCAGAGGAAAACUGUGAACUGGAAGUGAAGUGGAAGAUCAAAGAUCAAGAUAUUGAUGAAGUCAACAGUCAGAUCAAGACAGAAAAGAAUGGAUGUUCUGCCACUGUGACUCUUAAAAAGUCACAUUAUCUUCACCCACAAUCACACUUCCUGAGCUGUGAAGUGACUGACUGGACAGGAGAAAAGUUUUGUUUCAGUCCUCGACCCUCAGGAGACACAAAAUCAACAGUAAAACCAGAAACCUUGUCAAAGUCGACCACAACUGGAACCAGUGGAGCUUCAGCAGAUCCACAAGGUCUGAGCAGAAAUCUGGCCGUCUCUCUGGGAUUAGCAGCACUUGUCAUUUGUGUUGUGACGGUUAACAUGUGGGCCAGAAUUAAAGAAGAACAGAUUCAACGAGAUGGAACCACAGAGGUUUACCUAACCCAGCGCUGUUUGCAGACUCGGCGUGAAGAAGACGAGGCUGCAGUGACGUACGAGAACCUGGGAGAGACGUCUGUUUCUGUCCGACUCCACUGAGCGACAACACCAGUCCACUGCUGCUGAGUCAGCACUUUCACUGUUUUCUCUAAAUUCAGGAUGUUGUUUUAAAUGAAGCUGUUCUCAUUUUUGUCUUUUUUCUCUCUCUUUUUUUUCAAUUUCUCUUUCUGCAUGUGUCAGUUUGAGUGACGUUAGACACGUAUAAAUAAAUCUCAUCACAUUGCUUCCACUAAACAGGAGCUUGGUGA